AGUUGGAUCUGGGGAUGUGCCAUGGGCUACGACGUUACCCGGUUCCAAGGGGAAGUGGAUGAGGACCUGCUGUGCCCCAUCUGCAGUGGAGUCCUGGAGGAGCCCGUGCAGAACAGUAACAAUUCAUCGGCCGUGGACUCUACAAGAUGUCAAGCAUUCCCAAGGAAUGCUGGCCCAUGUUGACUCCAAAGCUUCCCACAGUUGUGUAAAGUUGGCGGCGUGUCCUUUGGGUGGUGGACCAUUCUUAGUCCACACGGAAACUGUUGAGCGUGAAAAGCCUAGUGGUGUUGCAGUUCUUGACACACUCAAACUAGAGCGCUUGGCACCUAUUACUAUACCCCUUUCAAUGGCACUUAAAUCUUUUUGUGUUGUCCAUUCUCUCUCAAUUGUCUCAAGGCUUAAAAAUCCAUGUUUAACGUGUCUCCUCUCCUUCAUCUACACUGAUUGAAGUGGAUUUAACAAGUGACAUCAAUAAGGGAUCAUAAACUGACCAGGCCCCUCACUGCGAGCACGCCUUCUGCAAUGCCUGCAUCACCCAGUGGUUCUCCCAGCAGCAGAUAUGCCCCGUGGACCGCAGCGUGGUGACGCUGGCCCACCUGCGCCCCGUGCCCCGCAUCAUGCGCAACAUGCUGUCCAAGCUGCAGAUCACCUGCGACAACGCUGGCUUCGGGUGCACCGCCGUGCUGCGCCUCGACCAGCUGCAGUCGCACCUCAGGGACUGCCAGCACAACCCCAAGAGGCCCUUCCAGUGCGAGCAGGGCUGCGGACUGGAGAUGCCUAAAGACGAGGUGUCCAGCCACAACUGCAUCAAACACCUGCGCAGCGUGGUGCAGCAACAGCAGGGCAAGGUCACCGACCUGGACAAGACUGCUGCUGAACACAAGCACCAGCUAGCAGAGCAGAAACGGGACAUCCAGCUGUUGAAGGCAUACAUGAGAGCCAUCCGCAGUGCCAACCCCAACCUGCAGAACCUCGAAGAGACCAUUGAGUACAAUGAGAUCCUGGAGUGGGUGAACUCCCUCCAGCCAGCGCGCGUCACCCGCUGGGGCGGCAUGAUCUCGACACCGGACGCUGUCCUCCAGGCGGUCAUCAAGCGCUCACUCAUUGACAGUGGCUGCCCGCCUUCCAUCGUCAACGACCUGAUCGAGAACGCCCACGAGAGGAACUGGCCCGCCGGCCUGGCCACGCUGGAGACGCGGCAGAUGAACCGGCGCUACUAUGAGAAUUACGUGGCCAAGCGCAUCCCCGGGAAACAAGCAGUGGUGGUGAUGGCCUGUGAGAACCAGCAUAUGGGUGAGGACAUGAUCCUGGAGCCAGGCCUGGUCAUGAUCUUCGCCCACGGAGUGGAGGAGAUACUAUGACCCGGCUGAGGGUGGUGGAGAGCAGAGGGGAGACUUCUGACUGACCUGAACUGAGUAGAGGAGGGAGCAGGGGAUGCUGUAACUCUACGGUUGCAUCCCAAAUGGUACCCUGUUCCUUAUGGGCCCUGGUCAAAAGUAGUGCACUAUAAAGGGAAUAGGGUGCCUAUAAGAUAGUAAGAGGAGGGGAAGAGCCAAUGACAAAGCAGGGAUUAGGGAGAUCUGACACCAUCACCAGUAGACUGGUAUAGGGCAGGAGGUUGGCAACAGGUGGCCCACGAGCCAAAACCAGCCUUCAAGUGUUUUUUUUUUUUUUUUGGGGCCCACUAAAGCUUUUAGCAAUUUUAGGGGGAUUUUUGUUUUUUUGGUCCAAAAAAUACUAAAAUCACCAGGAAUUCAGCAAAAAUUCUGUUGAAUUUAGGAAAUCUGUUCAACUAUUCCCACUAAUAAAAAAAGAGAGCCGUGAUCGUGUCUCAAUCAGUCGUGGCCAAAAGUUUUGAGAAUGACACAAAUAUUAAUUUCCACAAAGUUUGCUGCUUCAGUGUCUUUAGAUAUUUUUCUCAGAUGUUACUAUGGAAUACUGAGGUAUAAUUACAAGCAUUUCAUAAGUGUCCAAGGCUUUUAUUGACAAUUACAUGAAGUUGAUGCAAAGAGUCAAUAUUUGCAGUCUUGACCCUUCUUUUUCAAGACCUCUGCAAUCCACCCUGGCAUGCUGUCAAUUAACUUCUGGGCCACAUCCUGACUGAUGACAGCCCAUUCUUGCAUAAUCAAUGCUCUCUGUAUCCAUUUCCAUGGCACUCUCUCUCCCCCCUGGGCUGAGAAAUGUGGAUUAUUUCCUGUUCAGGAGAAGGAAUGCAUGCUUGGAUUGGUUAAGUGAAUCCUAUUGGAUGAUGUGAUCUGCUGUAUGUGAGCCCCGGUAAGCACUUAGACGCGGGGGGGGGGGGGGUGCUGAACGUAAAUGCAGUGUGUUUUAUCACAUUUUGGGGGGGAAGGAGCCAUUUACAUUUUUCAUCAUUACAGUAUCACAUUUAAUAUGGUUUCACCUUCCCCUUUGUCGACAACAGACCUUGUUCAUCCUCGGGAUGCAGAGCUAAUCAGGAAUGCCCUUGUUCAUCCUCGGGAUGCAGAGCUAAUCAGGAAUGCCCUUGUUCAUCCUCGGGAUGCGGAGCUAAUCAGGAAUGUCACUUCUGGUUGGAGUAGUAGAUGGACAGUGAAGACUUGGAACGUUCUUUUGGUUUGAGUUUCACACCUUGUGUUUUUUGUGAUGUUAUUGUUGUAUAUGAUUUGUCUGAGUUAGAGUCCUGUGUUUGAACUGUUUUUCUUGUGAUAUUUAUGUAGUUGGUUUGAAGUGGGUCCAAUUUGUAUGAAAAUAAAGACUGAGGCUACCAAAGCAUUUUAUGUACAAAAUAACAUCAGCCAAAAGUCUGUUCUGUUUUAUUUUAUUAUUUAGGUUUGGUUUAUUUUAAUCGUUGUCAAAUAGCAUGUCACUAUCACCACUCACUGUAUAUCAUGUAGCUUAUCCUAAUAUUGGAAGGGACGAACCUGAACUUAUCCAGUAAGAAAUGCUGGUUUUCGUUGCAAAAUGUUUUGCUACAGUUUGAUGGUGUGGACUAAUACACCCCUGUAGUCAGGAACUGGGCUGCAUUCAGUACGGGGGGAAAUGGUGUGUAACAUUCAAUUAAAUGGACGGUGCUGUUUUUUUCAACGACCAGUUGAAAAAACGGGGAGCGAUUGGGUUGGGGAACUCAGUCAGCAUGGCCUCUGCCCUUUUAAAUACGUCACUCAUUGCUUCAUGGGGUGGCAGAGUAGCCUAGUGGUUAGAGCGUUGGACUAGUAACCGAAAGGUUGCAAGAUCGAAUCCCAGAGCUGACAAGGUAAAAAUCUGUCAUUCUGCCCCUAAACAAAGUAGUUCCUAGGCAGUCAUUGAAAAUAAGAAUUUGUUCUUAACUGACUUGCCUAGUUAAAUAAAAAAGUCACACCCUACCAAUCAUAGCAAACGUACAUGAAAGUUGGUUCAAGAAAGUAGAAGGUUUUCGGAUACGUGUCGUUCAGGACAAACCAUCACAUACCGUAGCAAACGUUUAAUCGAACUGAAAGUACCCCUGAUAUUUUAAAUUGGUUUUGGGCUGCACCUGUCUAUCUUUUUUGCUUAUUCAUGUGAACUAGUGUGUUACUGUGAUGAUGCCAUACUGACUUGAUAAUAAUACCACACAACUGGGUUAGAAUUACACAUUUAUUGUAAAUAGUUCACCAUCAUAUCAAUAUUCACAUACUGAUGCACUUCCAUUUCAGUAUCUAUCCAUAGUUUUAUUUUGUGAGAUGUUUUCAUUAAAAGCAGGUAAGAAUUCCUGGUCGUAUG